AUGUCUUUCCGAGGUGCACCCCGAGGACGAGGAGGUAGCUUCGGUGGAAGUCGAGGUGGAGCCGGAGCGCGAGGCGAGAUGGGAUCCUUCGUCCAUGCAUGCGAAGGCGAGAUGGUCUGCGAAUCUGUCAACCCAAAGCUGCCAUACUUUAACGCCCCAAUCUACCUCGAGAACAAGACCUCAAUUGGCAAAGUCGACGAAGUUCUGGGCCCAAUAAACCAGGUUUUCUUUACCAUUAAGCCGCAAGAGGGUAUCGUUGCAACAUCAUUCAAGGCUGGAGAUAGAUUCUACAUCGGAGGAGAUAAACUUCUACCACUGGAGAACGCGCAGGUGGUGCUUCAAGAGGUGGCCCUAUACGUGGAGGCCGUGGUGGAGGCCGAGGCGCCUCCAGAGGCGCGCCAAGAGGUCGAGGAGGUUUUGGUGAUCGAGGACGAGGGGGUGCUAGGGGAGGAGGAAGAGGAGGGUUCGGUGCUGGGAGAGGUAGUCGAGGAGGUAAUCCCAAUUUUACAAGGCCUGGCCCUCGUGGGCGAGGAUCAUAGUUUAUAUCAGGCCCGGCGUUGCGGCAAAAGGCGUCUUGUGUAUGAGAAAGGACCCAAAAUGAAGUCCGUUCAAUUUAACACCUUCGAUUGA